AGUCUGUGCGAAAGGGGAAAAGACCAACGAUAAGUGAGUGGCUUUCUCCCACCGAUUCUUUGUGUUCACGCAAACAAAUAGCCGAAGAGCCUCAAUCGGGUAAUGAACAAUUUUCAACGAAAUCAUAAGAACAGACAUCAAACUUUCAAAUAGCCCGCUGAAUCUUUUAAGAGGUCUUGCAAUCGUAGCCGGCGAAGCAAGUGGGAGGACGACGUAGCGAUAGCGACUUAGCAUUUCCAGUUAAGGGGGAGGGUAGCCUCACCACUGGACUAGAUGAGUGGGAGAGCGGCAAAGUGGACAUCAAGGGCAUCUGUCCAUCUUAACAUCUGAGAACGUGUCUUCACUCGAUUUGAUAUCGAGCAGAUUUUCGAGCCUUGUGUAUGAAUGUUCUGAAUGCUCUCAGGCAAAUCAGUGGCAGGUCAGUGUGGAGAUGAAGCAGGACCUGCUGUUGCCGGGCAACACCAGCACCACUGCCAGUAGGGGGCAUCAGAGGCGGCAGCGAUCAGCAGCACCGGCGGCAACGACCACCACCACCACCACCACAACGACUAUCAUCGCCCCGCCGACCUCGCCAGGCAGCACCCCCUCUUCCUCCUCCAAUUCCUCAUCUUCCUCGGUCCGCGCCGGACUGGAAGACGGGCCCGAGGAUGAAGGCCUGCUGGAUCGAGCGGCCGCCGAAGAGGAGGAAGAGGGAGAGAGUGAGCAGGGCCACGACGAGGGAGGAGAAGAGGUGGACGAGGAGGAGGAGGAGGUGGUGGAGGACGAGGAGGAGGGGAACGAGCUGCAACAGGACGAUUUAGAGAGGGAGGGGUCGGAGGUCGGGGGUGAGAACCGCUCGAGUCACAGCGAAGAAGCGGCUGACGAGGACAAUAUCGAGGACAAUAUCGAGGACAAUGAUGGCAACAGCGGACAUUUUGCUCAGGAGUUGGAGACGGAGGGACAGUGUGGUGAGGAAGAGCACAAUGAGGAGGAGGAGGAGGAAGAGGAGCACGACUGCUACAACUCUGAGCGCUCUGAGGUCAGUUUGGGAGAGGAAGAUGACGAAGAGGAGGAGGAAGAGGGCGAAAUGACCGAGGAAGAUGAGGAAAGGACAGAUGGGAUGUCGUCACACACAGCUGAUGGCAAGACCAGCGACUGCCCGAAGGGACACCCAAGCAAACGCUCCAGCUCCAGCCUACUCCAGAUGAAGAGGAAGUUGGACCAAGGCGAGGUCCGAUCUUUCCCUUCUGGAAAGAAACCAAAGGGCUCAGACUAUUCGAGCCCCGUGGGUCUCGUUCCAUACUCGGCCUCACCCACCACAUUCGGGGACCUGCGAGCGGCCAAUGGACAGGGUCAUCAGCGGCGACGCAUCACUCUAGUCCCGCCCCCAGCUGGCAUGCAGGAUUGGCUUCGCACCUUCCAGACGUGGUCAGGUCCUGAGAGGCUGUUGGCUCUUGAUGAGUUGAUUGACAGCUGCGAGCCGUCUCAGGUGAAGCACAUGAUGCAGGUGAUCGAGCCACAGUUCCAGAGAGACUUCAUCUCACUGCUGCCCAAAGAGCUGGCUCUGUAUGUGCUGUCAUUCCUGGAGCCCCGUGCAUUAAUGCAGGCGGCUCAAACCUGCCGGUACUGGAGGAUCCUGGCCGAGGACAACCUGCUGUGGCGAGAGAAAUGCCGAGAGGACGGCAUCGACGAGCCGCUGCACGUGAAGCGACGAGGCCUGAUGAAGCCGUGCUUCAUCCACAGCCCCUGGAAGAGCGCCUACAUCCGCCAGCACCGGAUAGACACCAACUGGAGGAGAGGGGACCUGCGCUCGCCAAAGGUGUUGAAAGGUCACGACGAUCAUGUGAUCACCUGCCUGCAGUUCUGUGGGAACCGGAUAGUCAGUGGCUCAGACGACAACACCCUCAAAGUGUGGUCAGCCAUCACUGGGAAGUGUCUGCGGACGCUGGUGGGGCACACGGGCGGCGUGUGGGCGUCCCAGAUGCAGGACGGCACCAUCAUCAGCGGCUCCACCGACCGCACGCUCAAGGUGUGGAACGCCGAGACGGGCGAGUGCGUGCACACGCUCUACGGCCACACGUCCACGGUGCGCUGCAUGCACCUGCACGGCAAGAGGGUGGUGAGCGGCUCUCGGGACGCGACGCUGCGCGUGUGGGACGUGGAGUCGGGCCAGUGCCUGCACGUGCUCAUGGGCCACGUGGCGGCCGUGCGCUGCGUCCAGUACGACGGCCGGCGGGUGGUCAGCGGCGCCUACGACUUCAAUGUCAAGGUGUGGGACCCCGAGACCGAGACCUGCCUGCACACGCUGCAGGGACACACCAACCGCGUUUACUCGCUGCAGUUUGACGGCAUCCACGUGGUGAGCGGCUCCCUGGACACGUCAAUCCGCGUGUGGGACGUGGAGACGGGCAACUGCGUGCACACGCUCACCGGCCACCAGUCCCUGACCAGCGGCAUGGAGCUCAAGGACAACAUCCUGGUCUCGGGCAACGCCGACUCCACCGUCAAGAUAUGGGACAUCAAAACCGGACAGUGCCUACAGACUCUACAAGGGCCUCACAAACACCAGAGCGCCGUCACGUGCCUCCAGUUCAACAAGAGCUUCGUGGUGACCAGCUCGGACGACGGCACGGUCAAGCUGUGGGACCUGCGCACGGGCGAGUUCGUCCGCGACCUGGUGAGCCUGGAGAGCGGCGGCAGCGGCGGCGUGGUGUGGCGCAUCCGCGCCUCCAACACCAAGCUGGUGUGCGCCGUGGGCAGCCGCAACGGCACCGAGGAGACCAAGCUGCUCGUGCUGGACUUCGACGUGGACAUGAAGUGAAGCCGGGGCCCCCGUCGAGGUCAGCGCGGCCAGCCGCGACCUUAAAUGUCGGCGACGCGGCGUCCGUCGGGAGUUGAAGCUUAAGAGACAGAGUUGAACCCCUCUCCUCCACCCUCGGAAAAAAACAAAAAAAAAACAUCAUGGAGGUCAUGGGGAAAUGGAGUUUUCGUUGGCUGCUUCGAGAUCACCUCAAGGACGUGGCAGGAGGCAACAGAAUGUUCUAGAAGUCCAUUUCCGCAUCACCUCCAGUCCCCGCCCCUCUCUCCUUGGCUGUCGCCUCCCUUCGGACUGAGACCCAAUCAAAAACAAAAGGGAUGGUCGGCAAGAGCUGAAGCACUGACUUAAAACUGAUACAAAGGCCAAAAUUUCUCCAUCUCCCCCCCUACUGGUGUGGAGAUGUAAUUGCACAGAAACUCAUAGAUCUCCGAAACAGCCUGGUUCAGCAACGUGGGGAAUGUGAGUAUAAGGUACUGUAGUGAAUGUAGGCUUCUUCAAGAGACAUUUAAUGCCAAGCCAGGCUGUGGAAUGACUGCUGUACAAAAAUCUACGAGUCUACAAGAAAAAGAGCGAAAGAAAACCCCCCAACAAACAGACGUUUUGUCGCGACGUGGUAAAUAUUGUAUAAAGUAAAAACAUGCUGAAACGGAUGUAAAUUGUUUUCUAAAGAGAAUAUGAAUAUUGCUUCUUAUGGGGGUGGGGCAGGGCAUGAAAAAAACUAUAUAUGAGGCACCAGCCUUUAAAAAACUCACCUCAUCACAUUUUUCUUUUUAUUUGCCGCUGUUGUCUCUCUAUGACAUCUUGUUUUGAGGGCAUCCCAUACUGUGAAAGUUUGAUCGUUCUUACAUUGUCGACUCAUCAAAUGACAAAGAAAAGAAUCCAUGCCACAAAACCCAUCCUGUUCUACAAUACUUGCCAAGAGACUCCCGAGUUUCUCAGUGUUAACACCCCCCACCCCUGGUCUACUCCCUGGCCUCCCCACCCCUCGCCCCUUCUCUCUCUCUCUCUCUCGCUCGCUCUCUCUCUAUUUACUUGGUCAAGUUUGUGGAACUGUACUCUUAUCCUCUGUGGCCGCCAAACCCGCUGAAAUGGUCUGCUGCUACUAAGAAGACCCUCUUGUUUUUGUUUGUUUGUUUUGUUUUUUUUCUUUAUCGAUGCUGUUUUCAUGGCUGUGACGUUUUAGUCCCAGGAUGAAUAACUUCCAAAACCAGACGUUGCUGUGUUGACCUUGUCGUUUCGUUUGUGCCAUUGAUACUGAAGCCAAAUGUGCCUCUAAGAGGCUAACGGUGACUGACAGCUGGCGUGCGUGUUUGUGGCUGUUUGUUUGUUCGUUUGUUUGUUUGUUUGUUUGUUUGUUCGUUCUUGUCGGAUGAAAGCAGAAAGUGAAUGAAUUAAUGAAUGGGUGUGUGGAAGAAAAAGAGAAAAAAGAUGAAUCUUGCGCUCCGUUUCUGUCUUGUUAAAACGCAAGGAGGCUGUAAUGGCAUUGGUUACAUAACGAUGGGGAUUCUUUUCUCUUUUUUUUUUUAUUUAUUAUUGUAUAUGCCCACUGUAGUGCGGUGACUGUGUUUUGCUUUCUCUGUGUCUGAUCUUGUUAUGACUACGUGAAAGCGAGCCUUUUAGCUGAGCUGGCUGUCCAUAUUGGCCACUCUUCAUGUUAAUUGCCAUACACCAGUCAAAACUGAACUGUGACAUGUAAUUGCGCGUUGCUGUCCUACACAACCUUGUUUUCCUGUUCAUCCCUUCCCCCCUACCUCCCCUCUUCUUCUCUGGUUUAUGUUCUGGUCUGGUUUGUGAAAUCAGAUGAGUCUGGCUUGAUGUUUCAUUCAAAAGGUGGGAUUAGAGAGAGAAAAAAAAGGAUCAUCUUAUCAUUUGAUCCAUGACAUUUUUUUAAUCAUUAUUGUUAUUUUCUUAUAAAUUAUAAAGUGCAAUAAAAUGUGCGGUAUCAUUUUUCAAA